GAGAACACUAAGCACAGAGAUACGGAGUUGAGCUUCUUUUGUUCCAUUAUAUACGGAUUAUUGGCAGAAAAUUUUGUACUUUACGGGAUUUACUUAUGACAGAAUUUCGCAAAUCUCUUAAGGGAUUAUAAUGUCCUUGUUGUUUCAUGUUGAAGGGAAAAUGUCGGACAGAACAAUGACACGGCAAGUACUGUUGUUUAUCUCGGUCCUCUCUCUCAGUUCAGUACACGGGCAGGUUAGUUACUCCAUUCCCGAGGAAAUGGCGAAAGGCUCUUUAGUCGGUAACAUAGCGCAGGAUUUGGGUUUAGAUAUAAAAAGACUGAAAUCAGGUAAAGCUCGUAUUUAUACUGGAGACAGCGCAGAGUACAUCGAGCUGAAUAAAGAAAGGGGAGUUCUCCUCAUCAAAGAGAUAAUAGACCGUGAAGCGCUCUGCGGACAGACGACGCCUUGCGCUUUACAUUUUCAGAUUAUUCUAGAAAACCCGAUGGAAUUUUAUACAGCUACAGUUGAAAUUAGAGAUGUAAAUGACAAUGUUCCUAUUUUCAAAAAUAAUGAAGUCAAAUUUGAAAUAAGUGAGUCUGCUUUAACAGGAGCUAGACUCGUCCUCGAGAGAGCCGUUGACGAUGACGUUGGUCAUAAUGACCUCCAAAUAUAUUUUCUCAAACCCACCGAGAAUUUCAUUUUGGAAAUGCAGAGUCUCCCUGAUGGUGGUAAAAAUGUAGAGAUGGUUUUACAGAAACCUCUAGAUCGCGAAAAACAGGAACAGAUAUCUCUGUUGUUGACAGCUGUAGAUGGAGGAGAGCCUCAGCUAUCAGGAACAAUGCAGAUACUCAUCACUGUACUAGACGCCAAUGAUAAUGCGCCCGUUUGUUCGGAAGCUGUUUACAAGGCUCGUGUAACCGAGAACGCCCAUAAAGGCAUCGUUUUAACCACUGUCAGCGCGUCUGAUGCUGAUCAAGGACAAAAUGGGAGGGUUACGUAUUCCAUUUCGAAUACGGCUGAGGCGUGGAAUGAUAUUUUUGAAAUAGGUCGAGAUGACGGUAUAGUUAAAUUAGUCGGGGACAUUGAUUAUGAAAUACUUAAACAUUAUCAGAUUAAUGUUCAAGCGAGGGACCAAGGAGGUCAUACAGAUUCCUGUAAGGUAAUUAUUGACGUAAUCGAUAUGAAUGAUAACAAACCAGCUAUUAACAUCAUGUCAAAGACGAGUGCCAUAUCUGAGGAUGCUAAACAUGGUACUGUCGUAACAAUGAUGAAUAUUCAAGACCCAGAUUCUGGUGAAAAUGGAAAAGUACAGUGCUGUAUUGAAGAAAAUAUUCCCUUUGUGAUGAGAUCGACCUCAAACAAUUUCUAUAGCCUAGUAACUGACAGUGACUUUGACCGAGAGAGAGCCUCUGAGUAUAACAUCACUGUGACGUGCUCUGAUGAGGGAGUGCCCUCGCUCUCCAGCAGCGUCACUCUCACCUUACAGAUAUCAGAUGUGAAUGACAACGCGCCCGUCUUUGAGAGGAGCUCAUAUGAGGCCUACAUUAUAGAGAACAACACACCGGGCCUCUCUAUAUUCACAGUGAAAGCCAGAGACGCUGACUGGAACCAGAAUGCCCGUGUUUCUUACAUACUGGAGGACUCCUCGGUUAACGGAGUGCCUGUCUCAUCAUAUGUGUCCGUUAGUGCUGAUAGUGGAGUCAUCCAUUCAGUGCGCUCUUUUGACUACGAGCAGAUCAAGGAUUUCCAGUUCCGCGUAAAAGCGCAGGAUGGAGGCUCCCCUCCUCUCAGUAGCAAUGUGACUGUGAAAAUAAUGAUCCAGGACCAAAAUGACAACACGCCUCAGGUUCUGUAUCCAGUCCAGACUAGCAGCUCUCUGGUGGCUGAAAUGGUGCCUCGGUCAGCAGAUGCGGGCUACCUUGUUACCAAAGUGGUGGCUGUUGAUAUAGACUCUGGACAGAAUGCCUGGCUCUCGUAUAAACUGCAGAAAGCGACAGACAGGGCGCUGUUUGCAGUGGGCUUACAGAAUGGAGAAAUAAGAACUAUACGCCAAGUCAAUGAUAAAGAUGCUGUGAAACAAAGGCUCACUGUUGUAGUGGAGGACAACGGGCACCCCUCUCGUUCAGCUACAGUCAAUGUUAACGUGGCGGUGGCGGACAGCUUCCCUGAAGUGCUCUCGGAGUUCACUGACUUUACGCACGACAAGGAGUACAAUGACAAUCUGACUUUUUACUUAGUCUUGGCUUUGGCUGUAGUCUCAUUUCUGUUCAUCACAUGUUUAGUGGUUAUUAUAUCAGUGAAAAUAUACAGAUGGAGACAGUCUCGCGUCCUCUAUCAUUCCAGUCUCCCGGUUAUUCCGUAUUAUCCACCGCGUUACGCAGACACCAUGGGGACAGGAACUCUACAGCACGUGUACAAUUACGAGGUGUGCAGGACGACUGACUCCAGAAAGAGUGACUGUAAGUUCGUCAGACCCUGUAGUCAGAACGUACUGAUAAUGGACCCCAGUUCUACAGGGACGAUGCAGCGGAUGCAGAGUGAAAAUAACAUCCUGGAUGAACCAGACUCCCCAGCAGAGGUCUGUUAUAUUUGAGUCAUUAUCCUUCCCCUAAUUCAAAAAUGUUGAAGCAUGGUGUAAAUUAGUUUGUUUUUAAUGUUUUAUUUGAACUGUUUCUACAUCGACUCUGUGUACCUGGGAAGUUUCCGUGGUCACAAAUGCUCUUCAUUCAACUGUUAUGUGGCCAUUUCAGCACCACAUUCGUGGUCAGCGCUGCUCUGCAAAGCGGCUGUAUUUCAAUAGACCCUUUAACAUUGUAAAGAGUCAAUUAUACUGGGAUAUUGCUUGAUCUUUGUAAAUAAGAGGCAAACGUUUUCUGUACUAGAAAUUGUAUUCAUAUGUGUAUAUAUACACGUUUUCAGUAGCCUACAUAAUGCACAGUAAUGCCAUACUGUUGUUAUAGUUGCAGAAAGUUGCAUUCUGUCCCGGUGAUUAGCUUCACGCAAGGUGUAUUUUGUUUGACCUUUCUUCCCCAGUUACUUCUUGUAUCAUGGUUUACAUUUAUCCUAAAUACAUUGUCUUAUAUGAAUUAAUGAAUUACAUUUAUUUUCUUGUCAAAUCGCCAGUUUGCAACCCAUUGACACAAACAUUACAAUAAUGCACUGUGAUAAUUCUUACAGUGUUCUGUGCAGUUCUCACCGCAUAAAGCGUGAUAAAGAAAUCAAUACAUAAUAGUAAAUAAGGUUAUCCAAGCAGUCAUUUUAUUCCUAGAGCAGGAAAAAUUAUAAAAUAAAUAUGGAAAUAAAUCAUUUCAGAAAAAUGAAACGGAAGGCAUUUGAACCAAGUGUGGCACAAAGAGAUGAUUCAAGAGUGAGACAGGUUUACACAUAUUUUAUAUACAUACAUGCCAUUUGCUAUAUAGGAGCUACUUAUUUGUUUAAUUGAAUUAUAGUUCGCCAUUUUCCUUUAAUUCCAGGCUUUAUCUAAAAAAAUCCGCAAACAGAAUUGCACAAUGGACAAAAAAACGUGUCAGUUUUUCCUCAUGGCUUAGCCACAUCAUUUCAGGGUUUAUCUGGUGGGCUUUCUGCAAUAAAGACAAGCAUAUAUUGUGGUAGUAGAGGAUCAAAUUCAUUUCAAAUUAAUUUCAUUCUCUAUUUCUUCGAGGUUACAAUAGUUGCAUAGUCUUUUCUUUUCCAUUUCACCAUUACACCGACUUGUUUCACUUACCUGGGCACAUAGCGAUCUCUGGCUUAUAUCUAGGUUGUUCAGAAUAUAUCUCUCACACACGAAUUCACCCU